GCGUCCCGCCCGCGCCGGAAGGCGGGUCGGCGGGCUGGGGUCGCGGCAUGGCGGCGCGCCGGAGACACGUGUUUGUCGAAAAGGUGCUGCAGAGACUUUUUCCUGCCGUUCCAAGUAGCCAAGAGAAGAGGGAGCUGCAGAGUCCGACUGCCCAUAACCUGCCCAGGGACGUUUCCCAUGAGGACGUGUCCACUGAGGACGUGUCUCAUGAGGACGUGUCCUGUGAGGACUUGUCUCAUGAGGACGUGAGAGCCAACCCUGUGCAGCCUCUGACAGACGGGGACACCGAGGUCCCAUCUGGGAGGCGGAUCUACACCGUGAGUCUGCCUCCAGAGGGGUACGUUCCCUGCGCACCAGAGCCGGAGAGCAGUCCGAACUCUGAGAACAUCUCCAGCAGUGAAGAUUCGGAAGCAGAUCAGGAUCUUCACAAUCAACCAAAGAGAAGAAGAGUCAGAAGGCGUAAGUCAAAGAGAAACCCCAGCAGUGUUUGUGGGGAACGGUCAGAAUUAGAGAAACCGCAGAGUCUUUCACAGGGAAAAUCACAGCCGCCACAUGCAGAUGGCCCCACGGUGAGCAAAAAUAAAAAAAGGAAACUCAAAAAGAAGCAGCAGAUUAGGAGGAAGAAGGCAGCCGGCUUGGCAGCGAAGGCCUCCAGCAUCAGCUUCACGUACCAGCCCGCGGGCAGCGGCAGCGACCUGGAGGCCGGCCAGGCCGACGGGGAGGUUACAGGCGCCCGGGAGGGAGGAGCCACAGACGCCAGCGAGGAAGACGUUGGAAUUACCAGUGAAAAGACAGACAGCAUCCUGAGAUUUUUGAAGUCAACACAAGAAAUUUAUUUUUACGAUGGUGUUUCCAAAGACCCGGAUUCAGCUGUGUGUGUGGAAACCUCGGAGGAGCUUCUCAGUCAGCUUGAGAGCCGCCGCCUGCCGCCCUCGGACGUGUUCAUCCUGGACCACAUGAAGACGCUGCUGCUCCUACAGGACACAGAGAGGCUGAGGAGCGCCCUGGACGCGUUCCCGGCGCACUGCACGCUGCCUCCCGCCUGUUCCUGUGCAGUGUCUGAGACGCAUCAGGCGGAUCCCGACAGCUGCUGGGGACGUAGCAGGAUCCCCGACAUCGACGUCACCGCACAAGCGUUGUCCGCAGGGACACUUACUGUGAGCAGUUGAUAGAUCUAAAGCUCACGAACCCGUGUUCUGUAAGAGCGGAUUCCCUCCGAGUGCAUGUAGGUCGUGCACUUAAAGUUCUUCUAUGUCAAGGAGAAAUAAAAUUUUGUGAAAUAAAAUUGUAUGAACAGUGAAGCUUUGUUUUCAAAUACUGUAUUUGCCUGAUGCAGAUUUGGCCUGUGUAACUUUGUGAAAUCAAGUUUUCUCUUUCAAAGUUUAAUGAGCAGCUGUUCCCCUCAUCUCUGUGGGAUCUGUGUGGGCAUCUCACAGCAGGUAGAGAGCGGCUCCUACCUGUUGUGUCUCCUCCCUGGCUCAGCGGUCACCUCUCCUGGGUGGUGGAUGCUCCACUCGGGGAGGACGAGGACGGCUUGCACAGAGGUGCUCCUGCAGCCUUAGGACAUGGCCUUGCACCGUGAACCUGCCUGGCCUCACAGCUACGUGUCCCCUUUUGUCCUGUGCACGUUACCAUCCGUGUCAGCUCCCGUUCACUGAAUUUUUAUCAAUCCCCAGGCACUGAGGUGUGUGGGGAUCCCACGUUUCGUCCUCGGUGUGGGGUUAAGUUGUUGUCCUGACUGUUGAGCUACUUGCUGUGGGUGGGGUCACGCCUGCCUGGGAGAAUCAUGGACAUGAGUUUAUGGGGGGCUAGGCCCCUCUCUGGCAGCAUCCCGACCUCUGCGUGCAGCCUGGGCAGCAGCUCCGAUGCCCAGGGGUCCCGGCCCGGCCGGCCGUGGUCGCAGCAUCUACAUGCUGCUCCCUCCGGGGCUCGGUGCCUGCUCUCUGCGGUGAGCGCCAGGGGCGGCUGGUGCCGGGGGUGGCGUUGGAGCGGAGCCCUGACACGGGCAAAGCCACGUGUGAGGAGUGUGCUCACGGCCAUGAUCCUGCCAGGCCGCCGCAGAGGUUAGCGGUGGUGCCGCGACAGGCGCCCCUGGACACGCGCUUGGCGUCCUGCUCGGGCUCCCUUUUCCAUCACUUACCAUGGACACAACGUCUGUGUCCUUCGGAUCUCAUUGGGUAUGUGGUUUUCUUCAGAUCAGACCUGAAGCCUGUGACACUCAGGUCCGCUGGCACCACGAGCCUCUGGGCUCCUACCUGGUGGGACGCACCCGCCCAGGUGCACCGCGCUCCAUGUUUGUCACCCGCGUGGCCCACGCGUGCCGUUCUCCACCAUCAACGUCAUUUCACACCAAAGUUCCAUUUUAUGAGAUCAUUUCAGGGUUUACUUUGCGCCCAAAGGCUAAUUAUCUACAAAAUAAUUUAUGAUUUUCCUUUUGUCUUUGUUUUACUUUGUGUUUUGUUUGUUUUGUUUUUGUUUUUUGUUUUCCAGAUCAUGCCAGAGUAAUCUCAGCUUUCUUUAAUUACUGGAUCACAAAUAUCUUUCCUG